ACCAUGGACCGUGAUCAGGUCCUCUCUCAGCGUGCUGUCGAAGGCAUGAUUGCCGAUGGCGACACGAUUGUCAUUUUCCAGGACCAUGUCUUGCGACUCAAUGGAUGGCUCGACAAGCAUCCCGGCGGCUCUCUGGUUAUUCAGCACAUGGUGGGCCGAGACGCGACCGAUGAGAUGACAGCCUAUCAUUCAGCUGCCACGCUGCGAACGAUGAAAGGCUACCGGAUUGGUCGAAAACCGAUGGGUCCAUGGCUAAAUAAGACUCCUCCAGUCAGGGGCGGCGUCUUCCGACCAUACAGCCUCCACACUGAGCCGGAGAUUCCGGACUCGUCAAUCUGGAUCUCAGAGCCGGAAAGCCUUUCAGAUGAUGCCGACAAUGAUUCUGCUGCUGCUCCGCCGACCAAAUGUCCUGUCCAAUACACGGAUUGGGCCGUGCAACAAGGGGUCGAUGAGGGCAUGCGCGACUACCCGUCUGUAGAUCCCGCUGUGCAGCAAGGUAUCGUCAACAGGUACCGAGCUUUGCAUCAACAGAUACGCGAUGAAGGGCUUUACAGCUGUCGAUAUAUCGAAUAUGGCAAAGAAAUGAUUCGAUACACGAGUCUCUUUAUUGGCUUUCUUACUGCUUUAUACUUUGAGUGGUACAUGACUUCAGCCGUUAUGCUGGGGCUGUUCUGGCAUCAAAUCAUGUUCACUGCUCAUGAUGCUGGCCAUCUGGCCAUCACUCAGACAUUUACCGUCGACACGCUCAUCGGCAUGUUCGUCGCCGACUUUUGCUGUGGCCUGUCCAUUGGGUGGUGGAAGAGCAGUCACAAUGUCCAUCAUCUCAUCACCAAUCAACCCGAGCACGAUCCCGACAUUCAGAAUGUUCCUCUUUUCGCCACCUGCCCUUCCUUCUUUCGAUCACUUCGUUCCACCUACUACAACAACUUUGUCUUCGUCUGGGAUGCUGCUGCUGAUCUCAUUGUUCCAUACCAAAAGUAUAUCUACUAUCCCAUCAUGGCCCUCGCCCGCUUCAAUCUCUACCUUCUCUCGUGGCUACACCUGCUAUCUGGCAAAUCAUCUUCGCUGGGAUCUACGAAAGCAUGGUGGAUUCGACCAACAGAAAUCGCAUUCUGCAGCUGCUACUGGUUCCUCUUUGGGUACUGCCUUGUUUGGCGCGCACUACCGACUUGGACUAUUCGUGUGGCCUUUGUUCUAGUGUCGCAUAUUGUCACCAUGCCUCUGCAUGUCCAAAUUACUCUGUCGCACUGGGGUAUGUCGACAUCAGACCUAGGCGAGUCCGAGUCAUUUGCCCAACGCCAGCUACGAACCACCAUGGAUGUGGACUGCCCUGCCUGGCUUGAUUUUAUUCAUGGAGGCCUGCAGUUCCAAGCCGUCCACCAUUUAUUUCCACGAGUACCACGACAUAAUCUCCGAAGAGUACAGACGCUCGUCAAGGAAUUCUGCCAAGACACUGGUGUUCCCUAUUCUAUUCUGGGCUUCGUUGACGGCAACCAAAAAGUUCUUGGCCGUCUUGAUGAAGUGAGCGAACAGCUCAAAAUGAUGUUGGACUGCCAAAAGCACAUGGCUGAGACCGGGGAGAGCGGAUUACACUGAGAUGCUGUCACGGCACCCAGUUCUGUCAUCCAUGUCUUUGGCGAAGCUACUUUAUUAUCGUUUUUAGAGGGAGG